AUGUCCUCACGCGGCAAAAAGUCAAAAUUAGAGGCUUUGGCUGAAUUGAAACGUGCCAGGGCGGGCGGAACACGUAAACUCAAGGAGGAAGACGUUCAAAUUUACGACGAAGUAUCAGAAGACCAAUACAAUAGCAUUGUCAAGGGCCGUUUACAGAGAGACGACUUUGUUGUCGAUGAUGGCGUGGACGGUUACAUGGACAAUGGCAUGGACGACUGGGCAGAAGCGGAGGCAUACGACUCGGAUGAGGACAUGCAGUUAGACAGAAAAGCGAAAAAGAAAUUGGUCAAGCCGGAUACCAAGAAAACCAAAGCCAGACCUAGGCCACCCUCACCGACCCCCAUUGCACCAACAAUCAGUGCAUACCGGCCAAAGGUUUCGAAAGAUGAAGAAGAUAGCUUCAUGGCUUCUCUUUUGGGGGACAUGGAUGCGGAGCCCAUCCCUGCCGUUCCCAAAUCGCGAAAACGCAAGACGUCUCCUUCAUAUGACUAUGACAACAACUCUUCUCCAGUACCCUAUCGUGACCAUGAAUCAUACGCCGACACCUCCUCAGACGGUCCCAUGGAUAGCCCUUUCCCCGAUACCCCGAGCGACGACCUAAUUUUCAGCCCCAAGAAAAAGGUUAAGACCGACGUCGCAGGGAUGACACCAGCUACUCAACGUCUUUCUCGGAUGAACGUGGUGUCGAGCUCUGACGUGGACAUUCCGGAUGACUUCGACUUCGACAUGGACGCAUUUGAUCAAAUGGACGAUGACAUUGAUGAUGAUUUCAAGCCGGUCAAGAAAGAGCCCGUGGUUGCAUCCCUGCCCAAGAAAGAGGAAGCAGAUGCCCUACCAUCGUGGCUUUCAGUUUAUGAUUCUCUUGCCAUCGCCGAAUCUGACACGCUGGGUCCUUUAGAGUCUUCUUCAUCCGCCGCCAGCAGCAGCAAAAUCGCAGCCCUGGAACCAGAUGGUUCCCUGCGGUUCUUCUGGCUUGACUACCUUGAACACGAAGGAAAAUUAUACUUCAUCGGCAAAGCUAAAGGACAAGUUGAAGCGCUGGAGCGCAAUCUCUUCGUUCUACCACGAGAUAAACGCGUAGAAACCGACGAAGUCCCUUCACUGCAGGAUGUAUACCGCGACUUCGACGCGAUUCGAAAGAAGGUUGGUAUCAAGAGCUUUAAAGGCAAGUUUGUCAAACGAAAGUACGCGUUUGGUGAGACGGACGUGCCUCGGGAAGAACGUCAGUGGAUGAAAGUAAUAUAUGGUUUUGAUCAACCACAACUACCAAACACGCUCAACAGCCCCAACAUCUCAAAGAUCUUCGGGACAAAUACUAGUGCUUUUGAGCUCCUCGUGCUCAAGAGGAAGAUUAUGGGUCCGUGCUGGAUUCAAAUCAAGAACCCAAAGAUCGACAAUCAGGGGAUAUCCUGGUGCAAACUGGAGGUCACAGUAUCAGACCCAAAGGAUUUCAAUCCCUUCUCAGAUUCUGAUCCCAGCGUACCGAAGGACACUCCACCAUUGACAGUCAUGAGCUUGAGCGUUCGAACAAUUGUCAAUCACGCUGAGAAUAUGAGGGAAGUUGUCUGCGCGACCGCAAGAAUAUGGCAUAACAUGGCUAUUGAUGACCCGAAACCACCGGAGCAGUUGCCAUGUACCGUUCAAACUUUUGUACGCCCUCUCGAUCGUUUCCCACCAAACUUCGAAACUCGGGCAAAGGCACAUGGCAAAGGUCAAAUAUCAACUGCGAAGAACGAACGCAUGCUCCUCAGCAGUCUGUUGGUGGCGUUGCAUAAAGCUGACCCGGACGUCAUUGUUGGCCACGAGUUUUUGGGUUCUUCAUUAGAUGUCUUUUUGCAUCGUAUGAAAGGUCUCAAAGUGGACCACUGGUCUAGACUGGGGCGAUUCAGGCGAUCUAAAUGGCCCAACAUUGGGAAACAAGGGUCGAACAUCAAGUUCCUUUCUGGACGCAUGCUUUGUGAUCUCGCUAGUGACGGUGCAAAGAGCAUGAUUGCUUCAACUACCUGGUCUCUAACCGAAAUGUGUAAAACGCACCUGAAAAGUGACCGACAAGACAUCGACCCCGACGAUACUGCGAGCUACCUUGACAGCACUGUCAGCGGCCCCGAGAGACUCAUGACCUUCGUUCAGCACUGCGAACUGGACGCACAUUACCAUAUGGCUAUUGCCUCCAAAGUGCAGAUACUACCUUUAACGAAACAAUUGACUAAUCUCGCGGGAAAUUCUUGGAACAAGACUCUGAACGGUGGACGUGCCGAACGAAACGAAUACAUUCUGUUGCACGAGUUCCAUAGGCUCAAGUACAUAUGUCCCGAUAAAUCUUGGGGUAAGAAGAGCAAGCCCGAGAAGAAGUCCGAGAACGAGGAAGCCGAUGGCGACGGGAAACCUAGCAAAUCGAAGAGGGACAAGUAUAAGGGUGGCUUGGUCUUCGAGCCUAAGCGUGGCCUUUGGGAUAAGUUCAUCCUGGUCAUGGACUUCAACUCCUUGUAUCCCAGUAUUAUUCAAGAGUAUAACAUCGAUUUCACAACUGUCGAUUCAAUCGAUAACGAGCACGAGAACGAAGAAGAGCAUAUUCUUGAGCCGCCUGGUUCAUCAGUCUCGCAGGGUGUUCUCCCUCGACUUAUUGCUACCCUUGUCAACAGGCGGCGCCAGGUCAAAUCUCUUAUGAAGGAUAAAACCGCAACGCCUGCGCAGCUGCUGCAGUACGAUAUCAAACAGCAAGCUCUCAAACUCACCGCUAACAGUAUGUAUGGCUGUCUAGGCUUCGAGUAUUCGAGGUUCUACGCUCGUCCUUUGGCCGCUUUAACAACGUUCAAGGGACGAGAAAUUCUGACGCAUACGAAGGAGCUAGCAGAAAGCAUGCAGCUUGAUGUUGUUUACGGUGAUACUGAUUCGGUCUUUGUGAACUCUAACGUCACCGAACUAUCGGAAGCCCUCAAGAUUGCCGCUGAGUUCAAGAAGGCUGUCAACGACCGGUACAAGCUGUUGGAAAUCGAUUUAGAUGGCAUAUUCCAGCGACUGCUGCUUUUGCAAAAGAAGAAGUAUGCAGCUAUCAAGGUCGAGGAUGGUACUAGGACGUCGACGGAAGUGAAGGGUCUCGAUAUGAAGCGUCGAGAAUACUGUGCACUUUCAAAAAACGUUUCGCAGUACAUAUUGGAACAGAUUCUAUCUGGCGAAGCGACCGAAAUCGUGGUGGAACAAAUACAUGAAUAUUUGACAACCAUUGGGAAGAAUGUCAGGGAAGACAAGGUCAAACUCGACGACUUUAUCAUUUUUAAGCGACUCGGUAAAAAUCCGGAAGAAUACCCGAAAGCUCAUGGGCUACCACACGUUCAGGUCGCUAUGAAAAUGAAGACGAGGGGUGGGUCGGCAAGGGCAGGAGAUGUAAUCCCUUACAUUUUCUGCCUGGCUGAAGGGGAGGAGUCGGCGAAAACUGGCCAGGCUGAUCGUGCUAGGCAUCCCGACGAACUUCGAAAGGCUGGAUCGGAGCUCAAGAUAGAUUAUGAAUAUUAUCUUUCCCAACAGAUUCUUCCUCCCAUAGAACGGCUAUGUGAUCCUAUCGAAGGAACGGAUCGAACACGAUUAGCGGAGUGCCUGGGUCUGGAUCCUUCGCGCUACCGAACUGCUAUAUCUAGUAGCUUCUCAGAGGAGCGUGCAUUUGCUUCUCUGGAUUCACGGAUAUCAGAUGCAGAGCGGUUCAAGGAUGCCGCCCCCUUCAUUGUGCGGUGUCCUGCCUGUAGAGGAGAACUUGCGUUCGCCCCGCUCAAUGACCGGGAAUCGUCAAUCGUUCACGCUCAUGGUACUGCGUGUCUCAGUCCAACCUGUCAGAAACCGAUACCCUCAGGAAGCCUCCAGCUGCAACUUGAAGUCCAGAUUAGGGGACACAUCUCAACGUAUUACGAAGGCUGGACCGUGUGCGAUGAUGCUACUUGUGGUAAUCGGACACGUAUGAUGGGGGUAUAUGGUCGAAGGUGUCUCAAACACGGAUGCCGAGGAACAGUCGCGUUUGAGUAUUCCGAUGCUCAGUUGUAUGAUCAACUUCGUUACUUCUCCUCCCUUUUCGAUGGAGAACGUGCUGCCAAAGCGGCAAUGGGAACAAGCUCCGAAGUUUUAUCAUCAAUCACAGAAGAAGUUUCUGUUCUUGUAUCGCAACAGGCAGACCUUUUGAAGACCAUGUUGAAUUGUGUGGAUAAAUACCUAGAUCAAUGUGGUCGCCGGUGGGUGGAAAUGGGUACGCUGUUUUCUAUGAUGAAAAUAUAA